AUGGCUUAUGAUUCUUCACCUUCUUCUGGUUGCAUUGCCUCUCAAAGAAGUAAUGAUGUGUUCAUUAGUUUUAGAAGUGAAGACACUGGUGACAAUUUUACUAGCCAUCUCUAUGCUGGUCUGUGUAGGAAAAAGAUCCAAACCUUCAUAUGUAAUAAACUCAAAACAGGAGAUGGGAUUUCUCCUGCAAUAUUGAAAGCAAUUGAAACUUCUAAGCUCUCUGUCAUCGUUUUCUCGAAAGAGUUUGCUUCUUCCAGGUGCUGCUUGGAAGAACUCCUAAAGAUACUUGAGUGCAGGAAAGAAAAAGGACAGAUUGUUAUACCAGUCUUUUAUCAUGUAGAUCCCUCUCAUGUUCGCAACCAAUCUGGCAGUUUUGGAGAUGCAUUUUCUGAAGCUGUAAAACAUUUCAGUGAGCAGGAGGAGAGCUGGAGGUCUGCUUUAAAAGAAGCAGCAAAUCUAUCUGGUUGGGACUCAUCAGUGGUUAGGCCCGAAUCUGUGCUUCUUGAUGAAAUUGUGAGUGACAUUUUGAAGAAAUUGAAUCUUCUUUCCUCAAGUUUUCUGAAGGAAAGCUUGGUUGGGAUAUAUCAACGAGUUAGUAAAGUUAUUUCCUUAUUAUGCAUUGGAUCACCAGACUUUCGUAUGGUAGGAAUUUGGGGGAUGGGUGGCAUAGGUAAGACCACCAUUGCUGAGGCAGUAUUCAAUCAAAUUUCCAGUCAUUUCGAGAGUUGUUAUUUUCUGAAUGAUGUCCGGCAAGCAGAGAAGAGAGGUGACCUACCUCGUUUGAGAGAUGAACUUCUUUCAAAUGUCUUAAACGAAGAGAAUUUAUGUGUACGCACUCCCACUUUAGGGAGUGCUUUUAUCAAGACUAGGCUACAGAGUCAAAGAGUGCUCAUAGUUCUUGAUGAUGUGGAUGAUCUGGCACAAUUAGAGUUUUUGUUUGGAGGGCUUGAUAAAUUUGGUCCAGGAAGUCGUGUAAUUGUAACUACUAGGGAUAAACAAGUACUAAAUUCUUAUGACAUCGCAAACAUAUAUGAUGUAGAGAAGUUGAAUGAUCAUCAUGCCUUCGAGCUCUUUUGUCAACAUGCAUUUAAAAAAGAUAAUCCAUCUAAAUCUUAUAUUGAGCUUUCAAUGAAGGCUAUAGACUAUGCUCAUGGAAUUCCUCUGGCACUCAAAGUCUUAGGCUCCUAUCUUCGUCAUAAAAGUGAAGAACACUGGGAGAGUGCACUGAGGAAGCUGAAAAUAGUUCCUAACCUAAAAAUUCAGGAGGAAUAG